AUGAUUCGUCAACUCCAAAUUUCGCGAUUCUUUGAUCCAUCCGAUACUUUAGGAAACAGUUCAAACAUGGAUGACGACCUAAGAGAGAGACCCGGUGUAAUUUCCCGGUUCUUCCACUCCUUAGAAGUUAAGUACCAAUACUAUUUGGAUAAACUCACACCGCAGACUACCGUUCGAUGGUUGAUGGCAGUGGUGCGACUUAUACUUUUCUGCCCUAGGAUCUCUACCUCUCAAGGCUUUUACAUAGUGGCAUAUGCUGUCGGAAUCUAUUAUUUGAAUUUGCUUCUUCUCUUCUUGACACCAUCUAUUGAUCCUGCUCUCGAAGACGACGAUGACGGGCCUGUUCUGCCAUCGAGAACAAACGACGAAUUUCGCCCAUUUAUGCGUCGUUUACCUGAAUUCAAAUGCUGGCAUUCUGCUAUGAAAGCAACAAUAAUCGCGAUUAUAUGUACAUUCUUCGAAUUCUUCAACGUACCUGUGUUCUGGCCGAUUCUUGUUAUGUACUUCAUCAUUCUUUUCUUCCUCACAAUGAAGAGACAGAUUAUGGUGAGUUUUCCCAAAAUCUCCAUUCUUCCAAAAGCUCUUUUAGUAGUGUGA